AAGAAAGACGUGUGACAAUUGUACGGCUUACUUUUUGUUACCUAACAUUUUUUCUGAUAUUUUUAUUUCUACAAAAUAAGCUUUCACCUUUAUUUUGUUUUUUGUUGGGUAUGUUUGUCAUCGGACAAUAGUUAAAUUAAUGGCAGUUGUUUUCCACUUAGAUUAUCAAUCACCUAGUGGACGACUGACGUACGGCUUCCAAGAAAAUGGCUUACUCCAUCACACUAUAAAUACGUGCUUCUUGUUUCUCUUAUUUAUUUGUGUCCCUUACUUCAAACCUUCUUACAUCUACUUGUAGAAACUAAACAAAUAACAAACAAACAUACUCCUGGCAAAUAAAUACAUCGUCCGAGGUGGUAGCUAUUGAUUUAAUUUGGUAUGGAGAAGAGCAAAGAAAAUCAAGUAAUACUCCCAUCAUUGAUCAAAGCUAUUACUGCACAUAAGGUGGCUACUGAUUUCGAUAGUGUCCAAACUCAUCGUGAUUUCACGACCUCUAUUCUCGGAAUCGAAGCAGAAACAGUGGAGUACGAGAAACCGAUGCAUUCGGUUUCCAUUAGCAUGCCGCCUUCUCCAGUUGAAGCUCAUGUACUAAACAAUACAAACCGAUGUUUCUUCAAAGACGACGAGAAGAAAUUCGGGAAUCAUAUUAAUAAUAUUCCUCCCGUUAUUAAUUCUGCUGCUUCUCAUCAGACGACGAAGCAAACUAAAUUUCAUUCUCAACCAAUGCCUAAAAGCUCUGCACUUACUUCCAACAUCCUUCCACUAAAGAACCCUAGGAUUCAUGAGCUUCAAGACAAAAGAUUCGACUCCUUCAAAACAUGGUCCGGAAAACUCGAGAGGCAAAUUUCAAAUAUCCGCGGUAAUAAUAAACAUCGAGAAUCCGAGCAAGACGAAUAUUCUCACCACGCAGAAAUCGAAAAUUUACCCGGCGUGCACCGUUACUUCGAUGCCUUGGAGGGACCAGAAUUAGAUACCCUAAGGGAUUCAGAAGAAAUAAUUCUCCCAAAAGACAAACAAUGGCCGUUCCUUCUUCGUUUCCCGAUAUCGUCCUUCGGAAUAUGCUUAGGCGUAAGCAGCCAAGCAAUAAUGUGGAAAACCCUAACAAACUCUGGAUCCACAAACUACCUUAACGUGAGCCCCUACAUAAACCUAGUCUUAUGGUACACCUCACUCGCACUUUUCAUAACCGUCUCCGCAAUUUACUCCCUCAAAAUAAUCUUCUUCUUCGAAGCGGUCCGGCGAGAGUAUUACCACCCAAUACGUGUCAAUUUCUUCUUCGCACCGUGGAUCGCGCUUCUCUUCCUAGCAAUGGGGGUUCCCAAUUCGGUUUCACAAACCCUACACGAAUCUCUAUGGUAUAUUCUCAUGGCCCCGAUCUGCUGCCUCGAGAUCAAAAUCUACGGGCAGUGGAUGUCCGGCGGGCAGAGGAGGCUGUCGAAGGUGGCGAAUCCGUCGAAUCAUCUGGCGGUGGUGGGGAAUUUCGUCGGCGCUUUGCUCGGAGCGUCGAUGGGGUUGAAGGAAGGGCCGAUUUUCUUCUUCGCCGUCGGGUUGGCGCAUUACACGGUGCUGUUUGUUACGCUUUACCAGAGGCUUCCGACGAAUAAGACUCUGCCGAAGGAGCUCCACCCGGUUUUCUUCCUGUUUGUGGCGGCGCCUAGUGUUGCGUCGAUGGCGUGGGCCAGGAUUCAGGGCUCCUUUGAUUAUGGAUCCAGGAUUGCUUAUUUCAUCGCCUUGUUCCUUUAUUUUUCACUGGCUGUCCGUGUUAAUUUCUUUCGGGGCUUCAGAUUUUCAUUGGCUUGGUGGGCGUACACUUUUCCGAUGACCGGUGCUGCCAUUGCGACGAUCAGAUACUCGGAUGUGGUCACAAGUCUAGUGACGAAAACUUUGACCGUGGUCCUCUGUACAUUAGCUACAUUCACAGUUGCCGCAUUACUGGUGACUAGUAUUAUCCACGCGUUUGUGAUCAGAGACUUAUUCCCGAACGAUAUCGCCAUUGCUAUUAGUGAGAGGAGGUCUAAAAUCACUAACCGAAAAUGGUAUCAUAUGAGAUCCGUCAGCUCAGACAGCACUAACAUUGAGCAGUAUCUCAAGUAUUCGGAUUCAGACGGCAAAUCAGACGUCGAGCAUUCUUCGUUUAGCGACAAAGAUUUCUCCGCUUCUGUUGCUAAAUAAGCUUCGGUGAAGAAUUGAUGAUAUUUUAAUUUAGCCACUCCCUACGAUAUCAAGAGAGGAGCAAAGUUGAUUUCCAGUGAAGUUGAUUUCUGGAGGGCAAAAUUGUCAUUUUUUUCAAGGUAUAAAUUUCUGAACACGCCAUGUCACGUCUUUAGAAUGUAUUACUCGGAUCUUGACCACUUCUUGGCAUUUCAGUUUGGUUAAUUAACUAAUUUGAUUGAUGUAAUUUAUAUCAUUUUCAUUUCAUUU